AUGGACGGGCUCAGCCGCGAGGUGAGGCCCCACUGGGUCGUGGACGGGCGCGAGGACGCGCUCGAGUGCUCCGUCUGCCUCCUCGAGUUCGACGACGACGACGCGCUCCGCCUUAUGCCGACGUGCCCGCACACGUUCCACCCUGAGUGCAUCGCCCUCAGGCUGGAGAGGCACGCCACCUGCCCGCUCUGCCGCGCCAGCGUCCACGACGAUGCGCCGCCGGCUCCGGAGCAGCUGGAGCUCCAGCCGAUGCCACCGCCGCCGCUGCAGUCGCCGGAAGCGUCCCCCGUUCACGCGACUGUCGUGGUGAUCGGCGAAGCCGGCUACAGCAGGGAGGAGGGCGAGGAGGAGGACUGGGACACGAUCUAG